GCCCCGCGGGGCGGGUAAGUUGUCGUGUGGACCGUGUCCGUGCGGAGCUGCUGUGGAAGGGACUCCGGGAGCGGCGGUAUUCCGGACGGUGGCAGGCCGUGUCGCGGAGAUCAGGAGUCGGAGAGAGUCCACCUAGAGCUGCGGAAUCGGUGGGGGAAGGGCCGCGCCUGACGUCUGGGGGCCACAGAUGGCGACUUUCAAAAUCAAAAGGAAAUAGAAUCAUGGCAGCAGAUGAUGACAAUGGUGAUGGGACCAGUUUAUUUGAUGUCUUUUCUGCUUCUCCUCUUAAAAAUAAUGAUGAAGGGUCACUGGACAUAUAUGCUGGGCUGGACAGUGCUGCUUCUGACAGUGCUUCCAAAUCCUGUGCACCAUCUAGAAAUUGCUUGGAUUUAUAUGAAGAGAUCCUGACUGAAGAAGGAACUGCAAAGGAGGCAACAUAUAAUGAUUUGCAGAUAGAAUAUGGAAAAUGUCAGCAGCAAAUGAAAGAGCUAAUGAAAAAAUUUAAGGAAAUACAGACACAGAACUUGAGUUUAAAAAAUGAAAACCAGUCUCUUAAGAAGAAUAUUUCAGCACUUAUCAAAACUGCCAGGGUGGAAAUAAACCGCAAGGAUGAAGAAAUAAGUAAUCUUCACCAAAGAUUGUCUGAAUUCCCACAUUUUCGAAAUAAUCAUAAACCUGCCAGGACUUCAUCAGAUGCAGUUAAAGCAAAAGAUUUUAAAUCGAGAUCUCCUCAUUUGGACGAUUGCUCAAAGGCUGAUCACAGAGCUCGAAGUGAGGAUUAUAAAAAUGGACAUAAAACUUCAUCAGAUGGAGUUAAAGCAAAAGAUCCAAAAUCGAGAUCUCCUCAUUUAGACGAUUGCUCAAAGCCUGAUCACAGAGCUCGAAGUGAGGAUUAUAAAGAUGUUCAUAGAACUUUGUCAGAUGGAGUUAAAGCAAAAGAUCCAAAAUCGAGAUCUCCCCAUUUGGACGAUUGCUCAAAGGCUGAUCACAGAGCUCGAAGUGAGGAUUAUAAAGAUGGACAUAGAACUUCAUCAGAUGGAGUUAAAGCAAAAGAUCCAAAAUCGAGAUCUCCCCAUUUGGACGAUUGCUCAAAGGCUGAUCACAGAGCUCGAAGUGAGGAUUAUAAAGAUGGACAUAAUAGCACUUCACUGCCAUACCCGGAAAAAGAAGGAAAAUCACAUUCUGAAAAAAAGAAUAUUUCCUAUUUGCCUACAUCUCUUGACAGACACUGCACCAAUGGCAUUUGGUCACGCCCACAUCAUCAUUGUGGUGAAGGUAGCUCAAAUGAGGAUAAUAGAAGAGUUAGAAAAGAUAGUAGGCAUAGCCAGUAUUACAGAGGAACUGAUCGGAUACGAAAAGACUUAAGUAUUAGUUAUGAUGGUGAACCAAGGCACCCAGAGGCUAUUCAGAGGCUACAAGGACGUCCUGAGAAACAUGGGAAAGGUGAACCAAAGGCUGAAAGCAGAAAUUCAAAAUUUAAAAGUAAUACAGAUUUGGAUUAUAAAAGUGAACGUAGCAGCUAUUCUUGGGAGAACGAGUCUUUGCGAGAAAGGUCACAUAAUCGAAUAGAAUUUCAAAGUGACAAAAAACUGGAAAGACAAAGUGAGAGAUCACCAAAUAUCAACCAAAAGGAACUUAAUUCACAAGACAAAGAAGAACGAAAAGGUGAUCAGAAACCUAAAUCGGUAGCCAAGGAUCAGGAUCCCUGGAGAAGAUCUGAGCGAGCAUCACUUCCCCUCAAGAGCAAAAUGAACUCUCACAGUUUAGACAGAUAUCGUGGAGAAGAGAGAAGGGGCAGGGAAGAGUGCAAGAGAGACAGGGUUGUAAGCAAUCAUAGUUUUCAAGAUGGAAGAUCUUCAUCUUCUCUUCCAAGCAGAACUCACAAACACAUUGACUCUAAGGAAGUAGGUGUUGCACACCAAUGGGAAGAUACACCAUUAAAAACAGUAAGACAUAGAACUGAAGAUAAGAGGAAAAGAGAACGAGAAAGCAAAGAAGAAAAUAGGCAUAUGCGAAAUGAAAAAAAAAUGCCUGUAGAAUAUUUGCCGAAAACUAACAAAGAAACUCAGAAAAUGACUACUGAUUUGAAGAGACAGAAUGAGCCAAAAAAUGAUAAAUGUGAAGUCUCUAAUAAUAAAAUUUCUGAAGGACUAGACAAUACAAUUGCACUAAAAGUUGAGAGUGGUUCAAGUGACACAAAAAACAAAGACUUAAAGUUAAGUUUUAUGGAAAAAUUAAACUUAACCCUGUCUCCUGCUAAAAAGCAGCCUGCAUCUCAGGAUAAUCAACAUAAAACAUUGGAUCCUCCCAAGUCGAAUAAUGUGUGUGGUUUGGAAUCCUCAGUGCCUGCUAAAACAGAACUGUGUCUUAAUUCUGUCAGUGAACACAUCACAGAGGAAACCAAACCAAAAUUGUUGGAACCAAGGGAAAUUCUUCCAGCAGCAUCUAUGCCCAAGAUAGACAUUCCAGAAAGCAAGAUGAAAGAAGAUAAUAGUUUAUUAGUUAAAUCUGUCAAGAGUAUGGUGCAUUUGGAAUUGCCUGUUGGUACGGAGUCUUCCUCAACAGCUGUGGAAAUGGAAAAUACAGGUUCCUUGUUUCCAUCAUCGAAAGAAAUGGAACAAACUGUUAAUGGUCCCCCGACAGCAGCCUCUGUGGUAGUGGACAUAUUACAAACAGAUGCUUCUCAGAGCUAUGGCCUGGAAUUGGAUGUCAACAAACAGGAGGAUUUAAAUUCUUGUGUUUCUGAAGGUAUGGAAAUGAAGUUGAUUGUUUCAGCAAAAGUGACUGAAACCAGUGAAAGCAUUUUGCAGCCUCCAGUUGAAGAAGCUCGCAUUCUGCCAGUAAACUUUUCAAAAGAUGGAAACCCUAAAUCUGAACCUUCUCUUGUGGAUGAUACACCACUGAAUGAAAGUAAAUCUUGUCAUUUGGAGCCUUGCUUACCUAAAGAGUCUCUAAAGCAGACUGACUUCAUGGAGCCAAGAGGGGAAAUUAGUGAAACAAGUUCCAUAUAUCAGGAUGAUGAGAGCUCAGUUUUAAGCAUUGACUUUAAUCAUAUGAGACCGAUUCCAGCAGCCAUCAGUCCUCUGAAUAGUCCAAUGAGACCUAUAGCAAAAGUUCUUAGAAUGGAAAGUCCCCCUCGAGUUCCACUGUGUAAUAUCACUCAUAAAGAAGAGUUUCCACCGAAUUCAACAUGUUCUGUCUCCCAGUCUGAUCUCAAUAAAGAAAACCAAAAGCCAUUUUGCAAAGCUGACAAAUGUGAAGUGGAUUCCUGUAAGAAUUCAUCCUUAGAUGAUUUAGAAGAGGGAGAAAUUAGAAGUGACAAUGAAAAGUCUGAACCACACAAAAAUUUUGAAAAAAGUGCCAAUGCUAGAACAUCUGCUGAAGUAUACAACACAAAGACUAGUCCACCAAGUAGGAAAAAUAAUAUGUCCUUGGAUAGAGACAAUAGGAAAACCUCUGUAAAAGUCCAUCAGACCAAUGGCAAAUGGGGUAAAAGACCAAGUGACUCUACCAGAUAUUCAAAAGCGGAGAAGAAGGACAGAACAGUAAGCAUCUCUAGCUUGGAGAAAAUAGUUCAGAUUAUUACUGCACCCUCUUCUGUUCCAGAGAUUAUGCACAUGUUAAGAAUGAUAAGAAAACAUGUGAGGAAAAAUUACAUGAAAUUCAAGGUCAAAUUUUCAUUAAGACAAUUUCAUGGAAUUAUUGAGUCAGCAAGUUUGAGUUUUACAUCACUAAUUAGACAUCUUGACUUAUCUAAAAUCUCUAAGUCAGUGAUUACUUUACAGAAGAAGCUCUGUGAUGUUAUAGAAUCCAAACUUAAGCAAGUUAAAAAGAAUGGCAUAGUGGAUCGCUUAUUUGAACAGCAAGUACCAGAUAUGAAAAAAAAAUUGUGGAAGUUUGUAGAUGAACAACUUGAUUAUUUAUUUGCAAAACUUAAGAAAAUCUUAAUGAAGUCCUGGGAUUCCAAUAAUUUUGGAAAUGACAGUGACAAAGGAAAGCUUGAUAAAAGAAGUAAAGAGAAAGUAGAAUAUUCAAAUUGUCAGAAAGGUAAUGUGGAAAACUCCAACAAAGAAAUGCCGAAAGAAAAAUUGCCAAAACCAGGGGACCCUGUUCGCUUGAAGUCUCUCUUGGAAAGUGAAAAUUUUGAGGAAGAAUACCAAGACCAAAAUAACACCAGUGUUAACACAGUAAAGCAUGAUACCAAAAAAAGCAACAACUGCUUUGAUAAUGUGAAGAACUUUCCACCAGAAGAACAUGCUUUGCAACUAAAUUGUCCAAGUACCCCAACGCUGGGCAAACCUGAAAGCAGUGCCUCAAAGGAAGCACAGACAUCCCAGCAUGCCACUUUGAAACCAGAACGGAGUUUUGAGAUCCUCACUGAGCAGCAAGCAUCUAGCCUUACUUUUAAUUUGGUGAGCGACGCACAGAUGGGUGAAAUAUUUAAGAGUUUAUUGCAAGGUUCUGAUCUUUUGGACAACAGUGUUAAUUGUACUGAAAAAACUGAGUGGGAGUUAAAGACUCCAGAAAAACAGUUGCUAGAGAGCCUUAAGUGUGAAUCCAUGCCAGCCUGCACAACAGAGGAGUUGGUUUCAGAGGUGGCCUCUCCAUGUCCUAAAGUGAUUAGUGAUGAUAAUUGGUCAUUGUUAUCUGACAAAGGUCCAGCUCUGUCUUCAGGACUUUCAUUGCCAGUGCAUCCAGAUGUGUUGGACGAAAGUUGUAUGUUUGAAGUGUCUACUAAUAUAGCUUUAGGUAAAGAUACUAUGUGUAGUUCAGAAAAGAGUAAAGCCUGCAUUUCUUCUAUACUUCUUGAAGAUCUAGCAGUAUCUUUAACAGUACCGUCCCCUUUGAAAUCAGACGGUCAUCUUAGUUUCUUGAAGCCUGAAGGUUUGUCUAAUUCAACACCUGAAGAAGUCCUCAGUGCCCAUUUUAGUGAGGAUGCCUUACUCGAGGAAGAGGAUGCUUCUGAGCAAGACAUUCAUUUAGCUCUGGAGUCUGAUAAUUCGAGCAGUAAAUCGAGCUGUUCUUCAUCGUGGACAAGCCGCUCUGCUGCUCCAGGGUUUCAGUACCACCCCAAUCUGCCAAUGCAUGCUGUGAUCAUGGAAAAGUCCAACGAUCAUUUCAUCGUGAAAAUCCGGCGUGCAGCACCAUGCACCUCCCCUGCUCCUCAGCACAGGGUGCUGACUGACGAGUCCUUGGCCUCUUUGCCCAGUGUUGGAAAGGAAGUGGAGGAAGCAGCAGAGAAAGAGUAUGUUUCAUGUCAGGACACUGUUACUAAAUCUGUAGAAGAAUUGGAAAAUUCCAGCAAAAAUGUUGAUGGCAGUAACUCAACUCCUGAAGGACAGAAUGCUAGGACACAACCACAGGUGCCUGACAUAUAUGACUUUCUUAAAGAUGCUUCAUGUAAGGCCAAUGGCAGUAACGAAGUGACUGAUGAGUGUUUCAAGUUACAUCAGGAUUGGGAACCAAAAGUUCCUGAACGCAUUGAAGAACUUCCUUCAAUAGAAGAAAUCCCACACUCUGUUGAGGAUCACCUUCCAAAUACAUACAUCGACCUGACCAAAGUUCCAAUUACUGAGACCAAAAACUUGGGGGACUUGAUAGAAGCAACAGUUUUAAAUAUUGAUCAGUUGAGAUCUUCUGGAGACAAUUUAAAUCAAAAUGCUCACAUUUUAGGUAAUUCUUUGCAGUCCGAUACUGUGAGUGCUUUUAUUGAUUUGACACAGGAUGCUUCAAGUGAGAGUAAAAGUGAAAGUAACCAUUCGGCAUCAGCUGCUGAGGGACUGGGAUGCCAGGUGAUAUGUGUAGAUGAAGAAAAGUGUAAGGAAGAAAGGGUGCAAGUGGCAAGCAGGCCUUUGAAAUGCCUUCCUGAGAAAGUCUGUAUUGAUUUGACCACAGAACCUCCUGACUCAUGUGAGCUAAACGAUGACUUAAAAUCACAGCCAGCGUCAAAUUCUGGUAAUCCAGAGUUGCCUGAGACUUUGGAUAAUGCUCAUAAAAAGAGAAAAAACCUUUGUGAACUAAGUCAGUCUUCUCAGAAAAAACAAAGAAAGGAAACAGACUUCCCUAACAGGGAGAAGACCAAGAAACUUAUUCAAGAGAAUGGUGAAGUUUCCCAAAAGAAAGCCAGUAAGAAGAGGGCCCCUAUUGGGAAUAAAGAUGCUCCAUUAAAUGCCAGCCCAGGGAUUAAGGACUCAUCAGCAGAGCUCAUCACUUCCACCAGCCUUUCAGCAAGGAAUAUCGUCAAAAAGAAAGGAGAAAUUAUAGUUUCCUGGACAAGAAAUGAUGACCGGGAAAUUUUGUUGGAGUGUCAGAAGAGAGGGCCAUCAUUGAAGACAUUUACAAAUUUAGCUGUUAAAUUGAAUAAAAAUCUCAAUCAGGUCUCAGAAAGAUUCCAGCAACUAAUGAAGCUCUUUGAAAAGUCAAAAUGCAGGUAGUAAAUGGUGGUACUACAGGAGACUCACAAAGUAAAUGUUUGAUAACUUGCUGAAUUCCUUGGAGUCUAAUUGGUAUUGCACUCUGCACAGAAGCUUCGCAUCCUUCAGAUGUUUUAAAUGAGGAACUAGAGGAGGCUUUCUUUCAUUUUGAUUAGUGGGUAACUGUCUCCGUUUGCUAUUAAUUACUGACUACAGUCUCAGGUCAGCACAUACAGGUUUUUAGUCAUCUGUCUUGAUUUGCUCACCUGUUAAUGGUCAGAAUAUUUACUUUUAAACAUGUUAGAACUUACCAAAAUGAAAGCAACAGUGAUGCAGAAUUGAAAAUUUAGUUUUGAUAUUUGAAAGAAGUCACUUUCUUUUGUGGAUUUUUUAUAACAGUUUUGUAGCCUUUUAAACAAGCCACCAGUUUGUUUUCACCCAUUUUUUAUUUGUUUUUAUAAUUGCCUCUGCUCAUUUUGGUAAAUUGUAAAUUUAAACAAUGUAUUUGUAAAUAUGUAUAAUUAUAAUGAUGUAAAAUACUUUAUAUAUACAUGUAUGUAUUUGUGUAUAUACACAGACAUAAAUGGUUUUGCCUACCCAAGGAUUUUUUAAUCUGUAUAGACUUUGUAUAAAGUUUGCUUUCAGUAAUAGUAAUGUACAAUAAAACCAUGAAAAGUUCUGUUAUAUUUCAA